AUGCUUAGCCUUGAUAACUUUGAACAGACAGUAACAUUAAAUCAGCCAUUAUGCCAGCAGCAAAUGAGAGCGUGUCGACCGAACUUUAUUUACUAUCCAACAACAUUUCUUCUAACAUUUUCAGUUGUUCAUCUUGUUUUAUCAUUUUUCAUAACAGGAAUAUCAUUUGGCUGGCAUCAAGUGAUGUUUCGCUAUGAUAAUGUUUGUAAAGAAGGCGAAUUAUGCAACAUUUCAUUCAAUGUUGCUUACAAAUUGAAAAAACCUGUUUAUAUCUAUUAUCAAUUAGAUGAAUACUAUCAGAGUCAUUUUAGAUUUCGUCAAUCAUUUAACUAUUAUCAACUUCAUGGAAAAAAUCAAACAAAUUUACAAUCAUGCCAUCCUAGAAUAACUUAUCCUGGAAAUAACACUCAACUGGCCCCAUGUGGUCUCCGCGCAUAUUACAUGUUUAGAGAUACUUUCGAUAUUCCUAAUAUGACACCAAUGAAUACAACCCUCUCUUGGGCUCACGAAAAAGGUAAUUUAUAUAAGAACUUGAGCAAUGCUUAUACAAGCGAACAGCGUUGGAUGCGCGAAAUCGAACCUGAUGAAAUUUUAUCAGAUCGCUUCGAAAUUUGGAACAGAAUCUCCCCAAGUCCUAAAGUACGAAAGCUUUACUCAGUAUAUAACCAAUCAAUUAAUGAAGGAAAUCAUACAGUCCAAAUCAAAAUGUUAACUCCGAUAAAAGAAUACGGCAAGACCAGACAUUUUGUUUUAAUCUCGCAGUCAAAAAGUGGUGGAAGGAACUUCACUUUAAUUGGAAUUAACUGCUUAAUUUGUUUUGUUUACGUUGUUGCCGCUUUAGCAUCUUCAAUUAUCCAAUACCGACUGAGGAAGGAUCCUGCCCGCACUUUAAGAAGAGAUUCUGGCUUUAUUUAA